AUGUUGAGAUACCCAAGGCUUCUAAAAGAGGCUAGAUCGGGCAAGGUUGUGUCUUCUCUAUCAUGUCAUCAUGCACAUGUCGAACCUUUUCAGCAUUAUGCAAGAUUCAACACGCUGCAGCAAAAAGCCAACUUUAGUUCUGGUGGGAUUAUUGGAGCGUCUGCGGAUCUAGGGUUUGAAAAGUCUGCUAAGGCUUCUGUAUACACGGAUUUUUCUCCUUUUGACUCUUCUUUCGCUGCGGUCGAGUCUGCAGAGCGGAGUACUGCAAUGUCGUUAUGGUCUUUACUUGAGGCUUGUUUGUCGGCUAAUUAUAUUGAUAGGUCCUAUUCAAUAUUGCAGUCUCUGUAUGAGCUGAAAACUCAUCGUCAUCUUUUUAUUAAUGAGUAUAACAGAUACCUAACGAAAUAUUGCGACAUGGAAACUUCUACUGAUAAUUUGAAACAGAAAGUAUUUAACGACUUCAAAAACAAUUUCACAAGUUGCAGUUACAAUGAUACUACUCUGGCUAUAUUGAUCCGUCAUGCACUAACUCACUCCCCAACGAAAGAGAUAGCCAGAGAAAAUAUUCAAGUCUUUCUGCAAAUGGCUCUGAAAGGGACAAAGUCGAUCAUGAGCAACAUUAAGAUAUUUUCUAUCAAUGAUUAUAAGUCCUUAUACAAGGAACUAGGUGUAAUAGCUGUUUCUGAUAUGCCAGAAUCGAUUUCAUCUUUGGUGAUAAAAACGAUUGUAGACCCUACACUAAAUAAGGAAUCAUCUGCAGAACAUACUGAAAUAGAAGAAGAAGUAUCUUCGGUAGAGAAAGAUGCUGCACAGUUACUUUCCGUCGGAACUUUUGGUUUGCGUGCAGUUAAACAUAGUUUAUUAGGUCUUUCCAUUACUGAUGAUCAAAAAGAACAACUUAGUAGGGUAAUUGAUCCACUUUUGAAGGCCUGUGAACCUGUAAAUCAAAGCGCGAACUUUUUUGAUAUUUACAAAACAUUAAAGACUCCUGAAGAGCGCAAAGCGUUUGACGACUUUUUGGAGGAAUUUAAUCAAGAUAGACAGCGGGAUUUGGAGAAUAGAUCUUUAGAUGCUGCUAAAGAACGUUGGCAACGUGAAUACCAAGCAUCACAGAACAGGGGUGAUUUAAACAUCAAUAAGAGCCUCAACGUGAGACUUUGGGAGUGGUAUCAUGCAAUGCUUCCCUUACUGAAGGAAGAAAUGAGGAUGUGUAAGGAUGUAGUUGAUGGCAACGUAAAAGGCGUCGAUAAGGAGAGAUCACAGUAUGCUCCAUACUUACUGUUAUUGAAACCAGAAAAAAUGUGUGUAAUCACCAUUUUGGAAUUGUUAGCAUUGAAUUCUACUGGUGGCGUUGCUGGUGGUAUGAGAACUGCAAGGGCAGUGCUUUCUGUAGGAAAAGCUGUGGAAAUGGAGUUUAGAUCAGAAGCAGUUCUAAACAGUGAAAAUCAGAUGUUUAAGGAAUACAGUAAAAAUUCUCAGGAGUUAAAGAGGUUAGUUCAGAGCGCAAAAUCGACAUUCAGACAAGCAAAAGUUGAGGAGCAUAAGUUUUUAUGGCCUCAUCCUAUAAGGGCUAAAAUCGGUUCUCUGCUUAUAUCUAUGUUAAUCCACGUUGCAAAAGUUCCUGUUAAAGGUACUGAUCCAGUCACUAAUGAAGUUGUUCACGGUGAAGCACCGGCAUUUUGUCAUACCUUUCAAUAUAGAGUUGGUAGUAAGAUUGGAGUAUUAAAGCUCCACACGACGUUAACAGUUGCAUUAAGCGGUCAAAGAUUGAACGCCAGUGUUCAACCUCAACAUUUACCGAUGCUGGUUAAGCCACGGCCAUGGACGUCGUGGAAUUCCGGAGGCUACCUGUAUACACAAACGACUUUAAUUCGGACUAGGGAUUCGCCGGAGCAAAUUGCAUACCUAAAAGCCGUUUCGGAUAAACUAGACAAUGUCUACAAGGGGAUGAAUGUCUUGGGUGAUACUCCGUGGACUGUAAACAAAACGAUGUUGAAUAUAAUAUCAACCAUUUGGAAUAGCGGUGAAGGUUUCUUAGAUAUCCCUCCGCAAAAAGAGGACGUGGAAUUACCACCAAGACCUCCAAGAGAUGCAGAUCCGUUAAUAUUAAAACACUGGAGGAACGAAUGUAAAUUUAAAACACUCGAGUUCCGUUCUGAUAGGUCUGUAAGAUGCGACUCUAAUUAUAAGCUAGAGAUUGCAAGAGCAUUUUUAGGGGAAAAGUUUUACUUUCCUCAUAGUUUAGAUUUUAGAGGACGUGCUUACCCUAUAGCUCCUCAUUUCAAUCAUUUGGGUAAUGACAUGUGUAGGUCCCUUUUACUUUUCUGGGAUGGUAGACGGUUAGGUCCUGAGGGAUUGAAAUGGUUGAAGAUCCAUUUAGCCAACCUUUAUGGUAUGGAUAAAGCUCCAUUUGAAGAUCGUAUUAAGUUCACUGAAGAUAAUCUAGAACAUGUCAAAGAAUCUGCUGAAAACCCACUUAACGGCAAGGGCUGGUGGAAAAAGGCUGACAAACCAUGGCAAUGCUUAGCAACAUGUCUUGAACUUAAUGAAGCUUACAAGUUAGAGAAUCCCGAAGACUUUGUCUCACACCAACCUGUACACCAGGACGGUUCCUGUAAUGGUCUGCAGCAUUAUGCAGCACUAGGUGGUGAUCUUGAGGGUGCUCGACAAGUUAAUCUUGUUCCAAGUGAGAAACCCAGAGAUGUUUAUAAACAUGUUGCGAAACUAGUCACUGAAAGGUUAAAGAAGGCAGCGUUGGCAGGUGAUGAUAAGGCGAUUUUGCUGCAAGAUAAAAUUACAAGAAAGAUCGUUAAACGUACUGUGAUGACUAACGUCUAUGGUGUUACUUUUAUCGGUGCAGCAGCCCAGAUUGAUAAAGAGUUGCAGGACGAGCUACCAGAAGAUGCGGACUGUUAUGCUUUAUCACGUUAUCUGGCCAGACAUGUUUUUGCUAGUAUUCGUGAACUGUUCCAUGCUGCUCACUUAAUUCAAGAUUGGUUGGCGGAAAGUGCGAAAAAAAUCUCCAGAUCUGUGAGGUUGGAUCUAGAACUUGACAAGUCAAGGAAAGUAGACAGUUCUAUGAUGAUGACAUCAGUUAUUUGGACUACUCCUCUAGGAUUGCCAGUGGUUCAACCUUACAGGGAUUUAAAGAGAAAACAAAUUAGGACGAAUUUGCAAACUGUAUUUAUUUCCGAUCCAUUUGCUAUCAAUGCAGUGAAUGGACGUCGUCAAACUGCUGGUUUGCCUCCAAACUUCAUACAUUCCCUUGACGCUUCGCAUAUGUUGUUAUCGGCAGUUGCAUCUGCUAAACAUGGUUUAAGGUUUGCUGCAGUCCACGAUUCAUACUGGACUCACGCCAGUGAUGUUGAUACAAUGAACAACGAAUUAAGAAAAGAAUUUGUUAGAAUGUACAGCGUUGACUUAAUCCAGCGAUUAAAGAAUGAAUUUGAUGAGCGUUACGCAGAUUAUGUGGAGAUUAAAUACAUCAAGAAGUCAUCUGAAAUUGGAUCUGGAUUAAUUGCUUUGAGGCGGGAUAUCUCAAAUAAACUAGGUAGACAAAUUACCAUCGCCGAUGAGAUUUCGAUGGAGAGGGAAAGAUUAAAAUUAUUGCGGUCUUUGGAUCCUAUAGAAAAUAAGAAGGGAGAGGAAAUGGUCACAACUAUUUCAUUCUUGGAGGGUAAGGACUUUGCGGAAUAUGAAGUUCCCUACUCUGUCUCGAACAGCUGUAUGAUUCUAGCCCCAAUGAAAUUCAGCAGUGUACCACCAAAAGGGGAAUAUGAUAUUAAGGAAUUGCUUAACAGCAAAUACUUUUUCUCUUGA